AUGGCUCCCAUACCUGUUCUACUCCUCCUGCUUGUUUCCCUACUCCUUAAUUAUGCAAACGCUCAAAGCAACCACUCCAAUGUGAUACCCUUAGGCUCUUCGCUUUCCCCAGAUGCAAACCGUACUUCAUGGCUCUCACCUUCCGGCCAUUUUGCAUUUGGUUUCUACCCACAGGGUGAUGGCUUUGCUAUCGGCAUAUGGCUGAUUAAUCAGAAUAACUACACUGUCACCUGGACUGCCAAUCGAGAUGACCCACCUCUCUCCUCAAAUUCUACACUGGAUCUAAUCAGAAAUGGUCUGUGGCUUCUAAAUGGAGCAGUCAACGAGAGUUCAUACAUUGAUAAUGAGCCUUCAGGUGAGACGGCUUCAGCAGCGAUGCUUGAUUCCGGUAAUUUUGUGCUCUCCAGCAAUCGUUCUGUUGUUCUCUGGCAAACCUUUGAUUAUCCAACUGACACCAUAUUAGGAGGUCAGAAUCUGUCUAAUGGCAAUCAAUUGGUUUCGAGUGUGUCUGGAUCAGACCAAUCGAGCGGGCAAUUUUCUCUUCGUAUGCGGAGUGAUAAUGGAAACCUUGUUACCUACCCUGUAAACAGCUUGGAUCCAACAUAUGACACUUUCUGGUCUUCUGGAACAAACAACAGCGGUUCCGAUGUAAUACUCACUCUUAAUCGUUCAGGCGUUCUAUUCCUAAGCGGAGAUAGAUUGGGCGUGCGCAUUUUGGCAACUAGCCACUAUCACAAGAAAAAUGGAGCUAUUAUCCACCGCGCAACACUUGAUGCAGAUGGGGUCUUUAGAUUGUAUUUACACCACUUCGAGAGCCAUAAUAGCUCAAGUAUGUUGGUGGAAUGGUCGUCGUUGGCAAACCAGUGUGAAGUCGGCGGUUUCUGUGGAUUGAACAGUUACUGCUCAGGCGUCGGCAACAAUGGUCAAUGCAACUGUUUUCCUGGAUUUGAUUUCGUCAACACCAGCAAUAAGUUCCUCGGCUGCUACAGGAACUUCGAUGACAAUGGUUGCAGACACAGUAAAGAUCCAGCCACGCUGAACAGCAGUACCUUUUCCUUAAAGAACAUGUGGUGGAAUGAUUAUCCUUACUCAGUGCUACAAAUGAAGGAGGAAGAUUGCGGCAUAUCUUGCUUGGAAGAUUGCAAUUGUGCGGCCGUAUUAUACACGGAUGAUGGUUGCGCUAAAUAUCAACUUCCAAUUAGAUAUAGUAGAGUAAGUAAAAAUAUAUCAGCUACGGCUUUCAUCAAGGUGAUUCAGAAAAAUAUUACAACCCAUCCAAUCCCCUUACCUCCAGAAACCGUUGGUCCAAAAGUCUUGACUGAAACCAAAAGAGGUCCGAUUUUGAUUCUUGCCAUAACCUUGGGUUCCAUUUCAUGCCUUUGUUUCAUUUUUGCCAUCUAUACUCUGUUCAGAUACAGACAUCAAGUUUACAGGUAUAAAAGUCUCUCAGACAAUGCAAAUUUGGGAUUGAUUGAAGAGUUUACUUUGCGAUCAUUUUCUUACAAUGAGCUUGAGAAAGCAACAGAUGGCUUCAAGGAAGAGUUAGGCAAGGGCUCUUUUGGAGUUGUUUACAAAGGAACUAUGUCUGGAGGUAACAAAACUAUUGCUGUUAAAAGACUAGAGAAAUUUGUGGAAGAAGGGCAAAGGGAAUUUCGAGCUGAAAUUACAGCAAUUGCAAGAACCCAUCAUAGAAACUUGGUUCGCUUGCUUGGAUUUUGUAUGGAGGGCUCUAGAAAGCUUCUUGUUUAUGAAUACAUGAGCAAUGGCUCACUUGCAAAUCUUCUCUUCAAGGCUGAGAUGCGCCCCAUUUGGAAAGAUAGAGUAAGAAUUGCACGGGAUGUGGCCAGAGGGAUCCUCUAUCUACAUGAUGAGUGUGAAGUUCAUAUCAUCCACUGCAACAUAAAGCCCCAAAACAUACUCAUGGAUGAUACAUGGACGGCAAAGAUCUCUGAUUUUGGGUUGGCAAAGUUGUUACCGCCAAAUCAAUCAAGAACAGCUGUGGAGGCCGAAGAAACAACUGGAUACUUCUACUUGGCACCUGAGUGGAAAAAGAACGCCUUGAUCUCAGUAAAAGCAGACACAUACAGUUUCGGUAUUAUGCUUUUGGAGAUUAUAUGCUGCAGACGCAGUAUAGAAGUAAAUGUUCCAACGCCAGACGAGAUAACUCUUUCUAGUUGGGUUUAUAAUUGCUUUGUGGCUGGAGAGUUGGAGAAGCUUGUUGAAGAUGAAAACGUGGACAUCAUGACUCUGGAAAGAAUGGUAAAAGUUGGGUUAUGGUGCAUACAAGAAGAUCCGGCUUUGCGUCCUUUAAUGAAAAAUGUAAUCUUGAUGUUGGAAGGGACAAUGGAUAUUCCUGUCCCUCCAUCUCGAGUUGUUUAAUUCCCAUGUUGUUUCAUGAAAUGUUUAUCCUUUUUUCUUUAAUUUACCAAGUUUGUAGUAGUCAACCUAUUCAAGUGUAUGCAUAUCCCACCAAACAUUUGUAUGU